AUGUGUCAUGAAACACCUUCAUGGACCCAAACCCUUCCCAACGUCCUUCUAGGUAUACGUUCAGCGUGGAAAGAAGAUUUGAAGGCCACCGCAGCUGAAAUGGUAUAUGGACAAACAUUGCGUCUACCAGGGGAAUUCUUAAGCGCCACACUUCCUGUGGGAAACAUGCUGACUUCCACGGAAUUUGUUAACGGCCUUCGGCAACACAUCAGUAGGUUAAGACCCCAAAAACAGCGCCGUCACGGUGAAAAGGGAACAUUUGUGUUCAAAGAUUUGAACACCACCCAGCAGGUCUUCGUACGUCGCGGGGGGUCCAAAGAGAUGCUACAACCACCGUAUGAUGGUCCGUACCCUGUUGUUCGCCGGUCAGAAAAGACGUUUGUGAUACUAAUCAAUGGCGGUAACGUAACAGUAACCAUUGACCGACUUAAACCGACAUACGUUGCUGUUGAUGAGACAAUUCCGUGUGAUCCCGCUGUUAUUAACAAAGAUCCAAUUCCAUCUGAGGUUUCCCCUGAUUAUAAACAGCGUGUUACAAGAUACGGCCGUCAUGUGCACUUUCCCGACAGACUACAGAUUAAUUGUGUAUAA